GUAUCUCAUGAUGAGGCUGUAAAGCAGAGGGAUGCUUUGGUCAAUGAAGCCGCGGGCCUUAAAAUGGAGUUGCAACAGGUCAGAGAUGAUCGUGACCGCUUGAUACUCCAAGUGCAGAAUUUAACAGACGAAGUCGUGAAAUAUAAGGAAUAUACGGAGAAUUCUUGUUCUGAAUUGGAUACCCUGACAGAAAAAACAAAUCAACUAGAGGAUAAAUGUUUUUCACAAAGUAACGAGAUAAGUACAUUGAAGGACCAACUAAUGAAUGCGCAAGAGAAACUUCAGGUGUCCGACAUAUCUGUAUUGGAGACAAAAACAGAAUAUGAAGAACAGAAAAGGCUCAUAAGUGAAUUACAAAGUCGCCUGGUGGAUGCGGAAUUUAAACUUGUUGAAGGAGAGAUGCUGCGCAAAAAGUUACAUAAUACCAUUCUG